AUGGAGUUGUUUUCGAAAAUAAUCAUUGCUUUUGUUGGAUACUUCGCAUUAUGCAUAUCAAUAUCAGAUGCGUUUCGUAAUAAUAUCGACGAAUGUUGUCAAACAGGUCGAACUCAAGCUGAAAGUACAAGAACAUGUACUCUAACAUUGCAAUCGUUAAUUACUGAAAAUCAUACGAAUCAUUCAGCUAAUUGUCGAUUUCUGGCGCACAUAUGCUGCCUAUCGAAUUUACGGCAAUUCUUUUGUGAUGAAGGUUUAAAAACGGCACUUCGUUUAUUACCAUGCAAUGAAACCAAACUGGAAGCCAAAGAUACAUAUCAGAUGUGUUGUAAGUGUUGCGAAUUGGGCGUUCGAGCAGGUCGAGAUCUGGAAGACUGUGAACCGGUGAAUGUUCUCGAUGAGAGAUGUAGCGAACAAUUUACAAGUUGUUGCAAAAAGGCGAAAUCUUUAAAUUGUGAUACAGGUUUUGAAAUGGGAGACAACGGACGAUGUCAUGACGUCAAUGAAUGUCUUUCGAGUCCAUGUGCGAAAACGAUGAAAUGCGAAAAUACACCAGGUUCCUAUCGAUGUGUGGAAGGAUGUGAUCCGGGUUAUACAUGGUCGCUCAAACAAGGAGAAUGUCGAGAUAUUGAUGAAUGUGCUCUACACAAACAUAACUGCAGCUAUGGUCACCGAUGUGAGAAUAUGCCUGGUUCAUUUAGAUGUAUUCGAGAGAGAAACUGUGGUACUGGUUACCAAGUCGAUCCAAUUACACAAACGUGCAUUGAUAUUGAUGAAUGUGAACAAGAUAUUGAUGAGUGUAGGCCUGGCUAUAUCUGUAAGAAUGUUCCUGGGACAUACAAAUGUAUACCACAAAAUUGUACGUUUGGUGAAAAAUUUAAUGCUUUCUUCGGUCGCUGUGAAAAAGUUCAAUGCCAACCAGGCUAUAAUGUCACUCUCUUUGGAAAGUGUAUCGAUAUAAAUGAAUGUGCACUGAAGCCAGGCCCAUGUAAACUUGGCGAACGAUGUGAUAACACACCAGGCUCGUACAAAUGCGUUCAAACAUUUGCUUGUGCAAACGGAUUAGAAAUGAAAGAAUUACAAUGUUUAGAUAUUGAUGAAUGUGCUAUUGGAAAUCAUACGUGUCUACCACCAGCAACAUGUAAAAACACAUAUGGAUCAUUUUAUUGUCAAUGUCCACCAGGCUUUAUUUUCAAAUAUGGUGCUUGUGUUGAUGAUGAUGAAUGUGGACGAGGACAUUCGAUUUGUCCAACAAAUUCAUUCUGUCGUAACACACCUGGCUCGUAUGCUUGUGACUGUGUGGCUGGUUACAAGAUGUUAGCUGAACGUGCAUUCUGCGAAGAUAUUGAUGAAUGUCAAACAUCACCGGAUACAUGUGAACAGAAAUGUAUUAAUGUUCAAGGAUCGUAUUAUUGUCUAUGCAAAGAAGGUUAUCGUUUGAAUGGUGAUAAACGAACUUGUCGAGAUCUUGAUGAAUGCUCGAUGAUCGCGAAUCUAUGUCAAUAUCAUUGUGUAAACACUCCAGGUUCAUACAAAUGUAUUUGUCCAUCGGGUUUCUCUCUUGAACGUGGUCGUCAGUGUCAAGAUGUUGAUGAAUGUCAACUUGGCACGCAUAAUUGCCGUGCUGAAGAUGUUUGUGUAAAUCUUCGUGGUGGAUAUCGUUGCUAUCAUGUCGAUUGCCCUAACGGUUACGAAAGACAAGGCAAUAGUCGAUGUCAAUUGAGUGCACGCUGGUGUAAUGACCAUCAGAACGAUGUCAAUCAACGCUGUACAGUUAGUAAACCAGUUAAAAUUGUUUAUUCAUUCAUCGCUUUGCCUGCCAAAAUACGUAUUCCGACCGAAAUCUUUCGCAUACGGAACAGUCAACUAACCAUGAGUCAACAUGCCGAGUUCGAUCUACGUUUGAUCAACUCGCGCGAUCCAUUCACUAAUAUAACUCACACAUCAUUUGAACACUUUCAACUAAAACGUUAUCCCCCACAUAAUGCACAUUUAAUGGUUGUCAAAGAAUUGAAUGCCUUGCAAGAAAUCGAAUUAAGUAUCGAAAUGAAAAUCUAUACGAACAAUAUGUUAAAUUCAAUAUCGAUUAUGAAGAUCUUGAUUUAUGUUAGUCAGUAUGAUUUUUAUCCCUAA